AGUCGCGCAGCCGGUGCUCCUCGGCCGCGGACGGGCCCGGGCGGCGCGGAGGCCGCGGGAGCCGCCGCCGCCGCUGGUCGCCACCGCCGCCCCGCCCGCCGCCCAUGGCGAGCCCCCGCCGCCGCUGCUGACCGCGCUUCCGUCCGUCCCUGUGGCGGGCGGGCCUCUGCUCCGCGUCCGGCCCCGGGAGCCCGGCGGGCGCCGCGGGCGCCGGGCCGCCGACGAUGGGGAACACUACCUCGUGCUGCGUGUCGUCCAGCCCCAAGCUCCGGAGGAACGCGCACUCCCGGCUGGAGUCCUACCGGCCCGACGCCGACCUGAGCCGCGAGGACACGGGCUGCAACCUGCAGCACAUCAGCGACCGGGAGAACAUCGACGAUUUGAACAUGGAAUUCAAUCCUUCAGACCAUCCUCGAGCCAGCACAAUAUUUCUCAGUAAAUCUCAAACAGACGUGAGAGAAAAACGCAAGAGUCUCUUCAUUAACCAUCAUCCUCCAGGACAAAUAGCAAGGAAGUACAGCUCCUGCUCCACUAUUUUCCUAGAUGAUAGCACAGUCAGUCAACCAAACCUCAAGUAUACAAUUAAAUGUGUAGCUCUCGCAAUAUAUUAUCACAUCAAAAACAGAGACCCAGAUGGAAGGAUGCUCUUAGAUAUUUUUGAUGAAAACCUUCACCCUCUUUCGAAAUCCGAAGUGCCACCAGAUUAUGACAAACAUAACCCAGAACAGAAGCAGAUUUACCGGUUUGUUCGGACACUGUUCAGUGCUGCUCAACUGACGGCUGAAUGUGCCAUUGUCACUCUGGUAUACCUUGAAAGACUUUUAACAUAUGCAGAGAUAGAUAUCUGUCCAGCCAACUGGAAGCGAAUUGUUCUGGGUGCGAUCCUGCUGGCCUCCAAGGUGUGGGAUGACCAAGCUGUGUGGAAUGUGGAUUACUGCCAGAUCCUGAAAGACAUUACAGUGGAGGACAUGAAUGAGCUAGAGCGACAGUUUCUUGAAUUGCUCCAGUUCAACAUCAAUGUUCCUUCCAGUGUUUAUGCCAAGUAUUAUUUUGAUCUUCGUUCUCUGGCAGAAGCAAAUAACCUGAGCUUUCCUUUGGAGCCCCUGAGCAGGGAAAGGGCUCACAAGCUUGAGGCCAUCUCUCGCCUCUGUGAGGACAAGUACAAGGACCUGAGGAGACCCACGAGGAAGCGGUCAGCAAGUGCUGACAAUCUGACUCUGCCUAGGUGGUCCCCGGCCAUCAUCUCCUAACUGGGCGUCCCCACUGAGGCUGUACCAUCCCUCAGUUUCUCCUUUAGUUUGAGAAAAGACAGAAUUGGGGUGGUUUUGUUUUUGUUUCCCUUUUUUUGUUUUGUUAAAGUCAUAGCUCCAUCAGGCUGCCUGAAUGACUGCCUUUGAGCUGUGUGGCCCACAUGCAGCAAGGCUUUGAGGGAAGCAAAAUCAGUAUUCUGGAAAUCCUGUUUCGCACCUUGCCCUGUCAUCAUUAACUGCACUUCCUUCUUGAAAGAUAAAGACUUGAAUCCUGAAGGAGGAAGUAAAGGGAAAGAAAAGUUGUAUAGAGGCAGGAAAAAUGACAUGGCCAUUUCUUAUAUCCCCCACCUGGUCGGUAGAUGAAUAUGACGGAAAACACAACAGUAGCUAACACAGUUAGAUGUGCAUUAAAGACAAGAGUGCCACUUUUAUCACCUCCGUCUGGAUCAGUCUGUUCUUUAAGACUUCUUGCAUCCCUUCCAGCUGCUUUUUGGGAAUUUGGAGGAUUUUUGUUGGUUUUUAUUCUGUUUUGGUUUUGGCCCCACAGAGCAGAGAAUAUAGUUUGUACCAUGGCACAGACAUCCAAAUAAAUAGUAUUGAUUGUUUCUCUCUGCACUAUUCCUAUGAGCUGUCUUCUGAGCUUUCUUCCUCACAAGUGGAUGCACUUAUUACAUUUCUCUACCACUUUAUUUUAUACACUUUUUCUUCAACAAUGGUAAAAUUAACUUGACAAUAGUGCUGAACCAAAAGUAUCCCUUUCCUUCUUUAUGCCUAACCUUCUCCCCACCCC